GGCUAUAACGGCAGUAGCUACUUUCUCUGUGUUGUUUUACAGUUGGGGAAGUUAUAGUAACGCAAUAAUGAGUGGCAGAGGUAAAACCGGCGGUAAGACCAGAGCGAAGGCUAAGACUCGCUCCUCCAGAGCUGGGCUGCAGUUUCCCGUCGGUCGUGUUCACAGGCUUCUCCGCAAAGGAAACUACGCCGAGCGCGUCGGUGCCGGUGCUCCGGUUUAUCUGGCCGCUGUGCUCGAGUAUCUGACGGCUGAGAUCCUGGAGUUGGCUGGAAACGCCGCUCGGGACAACAAGAAGACCCGUAUCAUCCCCCGUCACCUGCAGCUGGCGGUGCGCAACGACGAGGAGCUGAACAAACUCCUGGGCCGAGUGACCAUCGCUCAGGGCGGCGUGCUGCCCAACAUCCAGGCCGUGCUGCUGCCCAAGAAGACCGAGAAACCCGCCAAAACCAAGUAGAUCAGCUGAAAUGUGAUGAACAUACAAAACUCCCAAAGGCUCUUUUUAGAGCCACCCACUUUCUCUUUAAAAGGCAAAUUUAAAGGAUGUGAAGUCACAAUCUUUGUUAUAAGUUUUGUAAUGUCACUGCAAGUCUUGUUUGAUAUUCUGCUCACGUAGAUUCACUUUAUACCGGUAAAUGUUUAGCUAUAGUUUACUUAAUUUGUAUCUACUGUUUUGGUUGUAAAACUAAAGCCGAUGAAGUUGAGUACACGUUGAUUAUUGCAAAUA